CCGCGCUCGGGGUUGCCAUCAUGGGGUUCCGAGGGAUCUUCCUCCAGCGCUCACAAAACCCGGACGACAGAGGCGCUGCAAAGUUUGAAGUGCUAUGCGCAGAAGCGGAACUGUGCUUGCUGGUGGAGCGACAGACUAUGUCGGACAUUGAUCCGUCGGGCGUUGUCGACACCAAGGUCCUUGUCAAGAACGCAGCGACCACGGACCUGCUCUUUGUUGCACGAAUGGCAGACGUGACGAUGGAGGUGGGGUCAAUGUUCUGGGUCGACGGGACUACGGUGUAUUGCUUUCGAUUUGUGUCGGACAACAGCUACGCCGAAGUCCUGCGGGCAGUGGACGCACUACGUCGAACGGAGCAGUUGGCGCUCAUGCGGAGUGUGCUGGCGUUUCACCCCCUCGGUGGCAGCGAUGGCAAAGACAACCCGACCAAGUGGAAGCAUUACGCUGCAUGCGCCAAAUUGGACACGACGGGGGCAGAGGAAAUACCGUCGUCGGACUCUACCGCGGCGACAUCAAAGCCAUCCAAACCCCGCAAACAGGUCGAAAAGGUCCCUCCACCUACGCUGAAGAAGAAGGGCAAAGUGGCACCCUCCACAUUACCACCCGGAAAGACUGCAAGGAACAGCGCAGCGCAGCCACCACGCGAUAUGGUGGAUUUUCCUCAAGCAAAACGAAACAAACCCACAUGCACGAGCGGCCCCGUGAGCGAGAAAAGGCGCAUUGCAGAAGCAAAGGCGUACAACAAGGAGUGGCUCAUCACGAUCGACCCGAAGCAGCCCUCCAACGGCCCGAGCUGCCACCUCUGUCGCAGGCGCCAAGGCAAGAUGUUCACGUGUCCGAGUGGUGUCGCCGACCACGUUUUCUGUGGCCGUUGCAUGUUUUACAAGUUCAAAUUGAACCUCACCGACUUUUUCGACCGCGGCGUGCAUUAUUCGUGUCGCCUCUGCUCAAGAACGUGCGAUUGCACAGGAUGCAGCGCAGCCCCACCCGACGCCGCGACGCUGCUGGCGAUGCCCCGCCGACUGUCGAUUCCACUCGCCGCGUGCUUGUUGUGCGGCACCACUACCGACUCGCUGGUCUCUCAUCCCCACUUACUCGCGGCGCAAUUGUGUCCGUCAUGCGUCGAUACCGUCGCGGGGGUGCCUUCCACUGGAUGCGACGUGUGCGGCUACUUUGAAGCGAACGACCCCGUCCGACCGUGUGAGCAUUGCUCCAAGGCGUGCUGUCCAGCGUGUGUGCUGAAGCUGGGGACAGUGGGAUGCCCCCUCUGUGAGCCUGCAGCAAGCUCGACGGGUGAACAACCACUUGUGACUGCCUCUGGGGACGACGGUGCUGCUCCAGUUGCCGCCAUGUCCCCGCCGCCCAUCGAUCCCCAAGACGGCCUCACCUACUUUGUGUCGUACGUGCAGUCGAUACUCCACCGCGAGACACGUCGUUCGCCGCCCAAGCUAUCGGAGGAUUCGUGCUUCUGCUGUAAGGACGGCGGCGAUUUGAUCGAGUGCGACUUCGUCGGCAAGCAUCGAUGUCCAAAGGUGUACCAUGUCGGUAAGUUUUGAUGGCCCGCCAGUUGACCCCCUCGGGCUUUCGCUUCGAUCGACGGGAUAGAUUGCCUUGGAUUCAGCGUUCCCGACGAUGUCACCUGGACUUGUCCACGCCACCUGUGUGCAUUCCCCAAGUGCACGCACGUGUCCAAGUUCAUUUGCCGGUUCUGUCCGGUGGCUCACUGCGAGAAACAUGUUCCGGCAACGUCGACGGUGCUUUGCCCGACCCCACCAGACACCCACGCAGGCACGUCGUACGUCCUGUGCGCAUCAUGCGGCGACCAGAUCACGUUGGCCAUUCGACGCCGCCUGCUCCCGCCCACCCUCCACGCCACCCUGUUGAACACCUAACUCUUUUGCAACGUGCCGUGCGCGCCGUCUCGUUAUUUU